UUGCGUGUGAGAGUAGGAAGCGGAAAGCCAACAUGGCGAGCCCGGUGCUGGUGGAAGACGAGGGAGGUUUUGGGGACGGGGAAAGGUUGGAUUUCCUCAAGGAACGCCACGUGCGGUUCUUCCAACGCAGCCUUCAGAUUUUGCCUGAACGCUACUCGUCCCUGGAGACCAGCAGGUUGACAAUUGCUUUUUUUGCACUUUCUGGCUUGGAUAUGUUGGAUUCCUUAGAUGUUGUGAACAAAGAGGAUAUAAUAGAAUGGAUUUAUUCUCUGCAAGUCCUUCCCACAGAAGAUAGAACAAACAUGCAUCACUGUGGCUUCCGUGGUUCUUCAUAUCUAGGAAUCCCUUUCAAUCCAUCUAAGGGGCCUGGUAUUUCUCAUCCAUAUGACAGUGGGCACAUAGCAAUGACUUACACUGGCCUUUGCUGCUUAAUUAUUCUUGGCGAUGAUUUAAGCCGAGUAAAUAAAGAAGCCUGCUUGGCAGGACUCAGAGCACUACAGCUGGAAGAUGGGAGUUUUUGUGCAGUCCUUGAAGGAAGUGAAAAUGACAUGAGAUUUGUAUACUGUGCUGCUUGUAUAUGCUACAUGCUCAAUAGUUGGUCAGGAAUGGAUACAAAGAAAGCCAUUGACUAUAUUAGAAGAAGCAUGUCAUAUGAUAAUGGUCUUGCCCAAGGAGCAGAACUUGAAUCGCAUGGUGGCUCUACUUUUUGUGGUAUUGCAUCAUUGUGCCUGAUGGGUAAACUUGAAGAAGUCUUCUCUGAAAAGGAACUGAACAGAAUAAGGAGAUGGUGUAUUAUGAGGCAACAGAAUGGUUAUCAAGGAAGACCCAACAAGCCUGUAGAUACCUGUUAUUCAUUUUGGGUAGGAGCGACUCUUAAGCUUCUGAAAAUAUUUCAGUAUACAAACUAUGAAAAAAACAGAAAUUACAUUUUAUCAACCCAAGAUCGCCUUGUUGGUGGAUUUGCUAAGUGGCCAGAUAGUCAUCCAGAUGCUCUUCAUGCCUACUUUGGGAUUUGUGGCCUGUCUUUAAUGGGUGAGUCUGGCAUUCGGAAGGUUCAUCCUGCCCUGAAUGUAAGCACAAGAACUUCAGAACGCCUUCAACACCUUCAUCACAUCUGGACAACCCAGGACUCUAAACAGUCUUCAGAGGAAGUGCACAAUGCCACAUGACUGAGACUCCAUUUGAGCUUGGUAGCAUAAUUGUAGCCCAAGGUUCAAAGCCAUGUAUAACCGAUGUGCUCUUUUAAAGUACUGGUAUCAUAGAAUCAAAUUCAUAUACUGGCAUCAACUGACAGCUUCUGGAUUGGACUUUUUUUAUAAAAAAAAAAUUGCUUGCCUUUACAAAUGCAAAGAUAGAAGAUUGGUUUCAGAAAAAGAUCUUCAAAGCGAGAUGAGUUAAUUCUACUUUAUUAUUUUAAACAGUGCAAUGGCAAACUAUGAUAUAAAGAAACUUCAAAAUGACCUUACAUAUUUUCAUACUAAAUAUCUUGAAAUUAGCGAUACUUAUGUAAUAAGGACAUACGGAAUCUUAUAAAUUAAGUCUCAAUUGCUAAAAGGUGUUCUUUAAGGUAGACAAUAAUUGUAUAAUCUUUGUAAAAAAAAUAAAAUUAUU